UCAUGCAGUUGGUGGGCAGCCUUGUUGCCGUGCUUCUGCUGGUCUGGAGUGUGAGAGCAUCGGCACUCCCCGGAGAGGACAAGUUUUCGGUCCAGAGCAGUAAGGAGCAGUUCAAAGCCCGGAAAGGCCUGAUCCUCAAAAUGCUGGCAGACCUGCUGGACGAGGUGGACACGCACCAUGAGACCACGGCUGCCUUUGUUUCGGAUGAUCCGCUUGCAAGCGAGCUGGAGGAAGAGCACUCGAUACUCGAGCAGUUAUCCCAGACCACCCAGCGGGACCGCAAAGCCCCCUGCAAGAACUUCUUCUGGAAAACAUUCACCGCUUGCUAGCACCGCCUCCAGUCCCGUCCUUCCCUUCGCCAGCCCUUUCUUGCCUCUGGACGUGGGGCCCUCUGGCUCGCCUCCUACGUAACGGUUGCCAACUGACCAGAAAAAUAAUCCCCAGCCUGGUUUGAUCCUAUGCCUUUAGCAGAAGUUUGCUAUGCAGACAUCAGCAGGAAAAGUUUUCCCUGGCUUGGAGCCAACUGCGACCACCUGCUUAUCGCUGCAGAUCAAA